AUGACUCUUUACUACAGUCUAGUUUUUAUGCUUCUGGUGUUUGAGAUGGGAGUUUUCCUGGCCCUCAUCAUCCCUCUGCCAUUCACCAUCAAGCGUAAGCUCUUCGCAUUCAUCUCGGAAAGUCCUAUAAUUGCCAAACUCCAGUAUGGCCUGAAGAUAACAUUCAUCUUCAUCCUUAUUCUGUUCCUCGACAGUGUCAACCGGGUCUACCGAGUGCAGCAGGAACUGGCAGCUUUCUCCAAGGAUGGAAACAUCGGAGCCGCCCACCUGGGUACCGACCGCAUGGAGGUGCAAGCCCGCAAGUUCUACUCCCAGCGCAACAUGUACCUGUGUGGCUUCACUCUUUUCCUCUCCCUGAUUCUCAACCGCACCUACACCAUGAUAUUGGAGGUUCUUCGCCUUGAGGACCGCGUCAAGCUUUUCGAGGGUAACAAGAACGCUGGUGGCAAGGAUUCCACUCGUAUCGCCGAAGCUGGCUCUGUUGGUGAGAUUGGCCGCUUGAAGGAGAUCAUUGCCGCCAAGGACCGUGAUAUCGAGACCCUUAAGAAGCAGUGCGAGGGUUUGACCGCCGAGUACCACAAGCUCGGUGACGAGGUUUCCUCUUCCAACAAGGGCGUGAAGAAGGACCUGUGA